UCCAACAAUAAUCCAUUAUUAUAUAGCCUGAGAGAAGAGAUUCACAAUCCAUGAAUGAGAACCAAAAUUCAUCGUAAAAAUCCAUCGCAUGGCCAUGUUAUUAUCAUCGAAAGAGAAGAAAAACACCAACGAAAAUGGUGUGAUUAUCAAAUAUUACGUCGAAUCAGUGAAAAAUCGUUGCAUGAAGAAAACAAAGGCGAAUGAAUAUCUUAGAAAUGAAGAAAUGCAUGGGUUUGAAUACGAUCGUCGUGCUCAGCUUCUUGCUCGUUCUCGAUAUCUUCGAAAUCCAGCGUCGGAAACGGUUUUGUUACCUGUUAUUAUUCAAUCAAAACCUAAACCUAAAAGCAAGUUUAUAUCUUAUCAACCGGUUCGAAUUUGUUCGUGCUCGGCUUCCAUGGAGACUGUUCCGAGCUUGACUAUCCGGGGCAGAAAUGAAUUCAAGGAGAAAAAAGGAGAUAAUCAAUAUGAGAAGAGAAAGUUCAAAGAGAAAUACUCUCCCAAGAUUUUGGGUAAAAUGAACAACCUAUUGAAGCAGCUGUCAUGCAAAGAAAUAUAGUGGUGUAGAAGAAGGAUUGAGUUAAUGGUGCAUUGACAUGAUACAGUUGUACUGUAAUGAUAAAAUUAUUGAUUUUGUGGUGUAAACAAACUUAUAAUUGAUACGAUAAUUUUCUUAUUUGUGCACCAGAGAACUAGGUAGAAGA